AUGGACGACGUCGAUGAAGGGCGCGUUUUUGCUACUUUCGAACGGCAUACCGAGUUUGUCGACGCGCAAACAAGACUACUCUUAUUGGAUCUAACCCAAACGCCGUCGCAGGUGGAAGAGAAGGAAGAGACUGCUUUGUUUCGCAAGUUAUCGAACAUUCUCGAUGAGUACCAGGAGCAGGCCCAUCUCCUCGAUCCAUAUCUUGAACAGCUUGUGGUACCCGUUGUCGGGUCCAUCAAGUAUCGUUCUCAACUCAUCUACAACAAUGCCGGUAGCGACCCUACCAAUCCAGCUCGUGUCGAACGCGUCGCGGCACUUCUCUAUGGCUACGUUAAGAGCAGGGGCUACAAAACGAUCACCCGUUUCUUCCCCCAUGAGAUUGAAGAUCUUGCCUUGGCUCGCGCUUGCAUGACUGGCAUUGCGACACAACCCAAUCAAUGGGCUCUUCGCUAUGCUGGUUUGCUUUGGCUUUCACUCAUCUGCAUCAUCCCCUUCGACUUGGUGCAGUUCGAUGAAACGACGGAAGGAGAAACAGCAAAUGCUUUGGAGGGCAUCACGCGACCGUUGUUGUCCCGCGCUGGCUUGGAAAGAGAUGGUGCAGCGUUGAUGCUCUCGCGGUUCUAUACGAGAAAAGACACCCGUCUGCGAUUCAGCACUUUCCUGUCUUACUCCGAAGAGUGCAUAUCCACCGCGCAAGAUGCUUUCAUUGUCAUUGGGCUGCUCCAGGUCCUGUGUGAAGUAGCAAAAUCUGGCCCCGCGGAGCUUGUGCAGGAAUAUGCCUCUCGAUUUUUCGCAGUGGCUGAACAAAUCGACUUGAACCAGGUCCUUGAUGCGAAUACUCUGGUCCGCAAAUAUAAGACCAAACUCGUUGCACGAAUACCCCUUCGUAUUCUUCCACCUCCCGCUGGGAAACGCAAAGGGCAAGCAGGCCGUGAUCUUGUCAGCGAUGGUCGUCUCGAGCCACAAAUUGCUGACCAAGAUAUCGAUGUUCCCGAGUCCGUGGAGACUGUCUUGGAACAAUUGUUUAAAAGUCUACAAGACAGAGACACUAUCGUCCGUUGGUCCGCCGCAAAAUCCAUUGCGCGUAUCUCCGAACGACUGCCUGUUGAAUUUGCCGAACAAGUCCUGGAGACUAUUUUAGGGCUCUUUGACAUUCACUCUGUAGCAGCAGCAACGCUUUACGAUCUCCCGGCUAUCGCAGAGAGCACCUGGCAUGGUGCAUGUCUAGGAUGUGCCGAAAUGGCGCGACGAGGACUGGUAUCACAAGAAGCCCUUGCGCAACUUAUGGAAUGGCUAUCCAAGGCACUAUACUUUGACCUCCGAAAAGGCGCCCAUUCUAUUGGCUCCAAUGUUCGCGACGCAGCAGCUUAUGUUCUCUGGUCAUUAGCACGUGCCCAAACUCCCGAGGCAUUGCGGCCCCAUGCGAAUGACCUUGCUCGCCGACUGGUGACUGUUGCACUCUAUGAUCGCGAAAUCCACAUCCGACGAGCGGCGAGUGCUGCUUUUCAGGAAUACGUAGGACGAACUAGCCUCUUUCCGCAUGGCAUUGACGUUCUUCGAAAAACAGACUUUUAUGCUGUCAGUAUACGGCGUCAUGCAUUCCUCGUUGCAGCACCACAAGUAUCGGAACACGUUGAAUAUCGGGACUUUCUGUUCGACCAUUUACUCAAUGUGACUGCCCGGCAUUGGGACGCAUCAAUGCGCCAAUUUGGCGCAUCAUCGCUUCGCUUAGUUUGCACGCCACAUCUCAAUGAUCUUGGCCCCCUAGUUAUUUCGCGUGCUGCAAAACUCCUCAACUCACCUGAUACAGCAGACCUGCAUGGCGCUUUGCUUAUCCUGUCAGAAAUGGCUUCGGCUUACCGGGAAGCUAUCGAUGAGCGGGAGAUGAGGUUACGUGAGAUUUUCCAAUGCCUCUCACUCGUUCCGGAGAAGACUUUACUCGGCCCCCGAAACGAGCUACUCACUGCAACAGCUUGUACCGUUAUGGCACGGUCAAUAUCUUCUACGGAGGCAGAACAGCCUCCUGGUGUGCUGUGGCGCAAAUUGCUUGAAGGUGGUCUCAAGCAUCGGACCGUAUUUGUGCAAGAAGCAGCAGCCGGAGCUUUGGGCGCCGUCAGCAGUCUCGUUGACUUUGAAGCCCGACGGAACUGCUACACCGCUAUUCCGCAGAUUGUUAGCAAUUUACUUCCUCGACUUGAACGACAUAUCUCGGCUUCGACAUGCAACGCAUUGUUGGAUGCCAUGCUCCACGGAUUGGACGACUAUACGAUUGACGAGCGCGGAGAUGUCGGUUCUUGGGUGCGAAUCGCUUGUCUCCGAGGGCUUACAACAUUCUGCGAGACUCUAAUACCGAACGCCAACCAUCUGUCAGCCUUCACAGAGUACUUUCCAGCAGACAAGUAUCACGCUGUUGUCGCUGGAAUUCUCAAGCAAGGUGUGGAGCGACUAGACAAUGUGAGGCAAGACGCAGGAGAUUGUUUGCACACACUUCUUUUUCUGGCACCGCCAACGGUACAAAAUGGUCACGAGUGGGCGCCUCGCGAGCUUUCUGUCCUGAAAAACCUGUUUUUGGCCAGCGAGGCCGAAGUGAUAGGUUGGAAAGAUGGCGCUUGGCUUUUCCCGAGAGCUGUUCGAGUACUCAACGUGCGGAGAUAUCGACCCGCGCUUCUGGCGGGGCUGGUUCUGAGUUUAGCCAGCAGAACGGAAAGCACGCAACGACCCGUGGCUCGGGCUCUUGUAGAAUACAGCAAGGCACUCCCACUGAACACGGGCGGAGACCACGAUGGCACGGACAACGCAUAUCAUCUCUUGGGAUUGGCAAAGGACCUUCUGAACCAUGCGAAACAAAAUUUACAAGCCAAUGGCGUCGUUAUUCCGGUUCUACAGACGUUCAACAUCCUACUCGAAGCCGAUGUGUUGAGCAGGUUAUCUGAAUACCCUCCAGGAUUAUCUUGCUUGCAGGAAUUGGUGGCGAUUGCAACCAGAAAUGUGGCGCGGGUGAAGAACAUGCAGCGAAUCCAAGAAUCUAUGAAGAUUGUCGCGAAUAUGCUGCGUAUUGCGCCGCUGUUUUCGCAGUCUGUCCAAGGCCUAGAACACUUCCUGGUGCAUCAGUUCCCCCAUAUUCGACAUGCCACAAGUGAAUAUCUUUACCUUGUUUUGCAAAGCAUUGAUCUAGGUCGCGACACGGAUGAGGUCGAGGAAAUAAUUCUGGAGACAGAAUGGAGUUCAGAGGAUGUUGGUGUCGCUGAAGGAGGCUGGCUCGACGUCGACGCCAGCAUGUCCACUGACCCUCGAAUGAGCGACCGUGAGCUGGCCGCCAUUAACGCCGCUGCAGUGACCAAGGAAUACCGCGUACAGCCUCAUCUCGACUACAGGACGGUCUCUGCUAUCAACGGUCCGCUUGUGGUCCUCGAUAAUGUUAAAUUCCCCUCGUAUAAUGAAAUCGUGCAGCUCACGCUGCCAGACGGAACGAAGCGUGGAGGACAGGUGUUGGAGGUCCAAGGGAAGAAGGCGAUCGUCCAAGUCUUUGAAGGCACACAUGGCGUGGAUGUCAAGGCGACCCACGUUGAGUUUACGGGAAGCAGCAUGAAGCUUCCUGUAGCGGAGGACAUGCUGGGCCGUAUAUUCAACGGAUCGGGAAACCCCAUCGACCAGGGUCCCAAGGUGUUUGCGGAAGACUAUCUUGACAUCAAUGGCUCCCCGAUUAAUCCCUAUUCUCGCAUCUACCCUGAAGAAAUGAUCCAAACUGGCAUUUCGACGAUUGACACUAUGAAUUCGAUUGCUCGAGGACAGAAGAUUCCUAUUUUUUCAGCCGCUGGUCUGCCGCAUAACGAAAUCGCGGCUCAGAUUGUACGACAAGCGGGACUGGUCAAGGGUCCGACCAAAGAUGCGCUUGACGGCCACGAGGAUAACUUCUCGGUCGUGUUUGCGGCAAUGGGUGUAAACAUGGAGACGGCGCGGUUCUUCAAAGAAGAUUUUGAGUCAAACGGCAGUCUCGACCGCGUUACGCUCUUCUUGAAUUUGGCAAACGACCCUACGAUCGAACGAAUUAUUACGCCGCGACUUGCUCUGACGACUGCUGAGUACUAUGCGUACCAACUGGAGAAGCACGUGCUCGUUAUCCUGACCGAUAUGUCUUCCUAUGCAGACGCCCUACGAGAAGUUUCUGCUGCCCGAGAGGAAGUCCCUGGUCGACGUGGCUACCCUGGUUACAUGUACACCGAUUUGUCGACCAUUUAUGAGCGAGCAGGGCGUGUUGAAGGCCGAAAUGGGUCGAUUACGCAGAUUCCUAUUUUGACAAUGCCAAAUGAUGACAUCACUCACCCGAUUCCGGAUUUGACUGGUUACAUCACGGAAGGUCAGAUCUUCGUCGAUCGUCAGCUGCACAACAGGCAAAUAUACCCACCAAUUAAUGUCCUGCCGUCUCUUUCUCGUCUCAUGAAGAGCGCAAUUGGGGAAAAACUAACCCGAAAAGAUCACGGUGAUGUUUCUAAUCAGCUUUACGCCAAAUAUGCAAUCGGUCGGGAUGCUGCUGCUAUGAAAGCGGUAGUGGGUGAAGAAGCACUGUCAUCUGAGGAUAAAUUGGCACUCGAGUUCUUGGACAAAUUUGAGCGGCAGUUUGUCGGACAAGGGGCGUACGAAUCCCGGACAAUCUUUGAAUCGCUCGACUUGGCUUGGUCUUUGCUUCGCAUCUUUCCGAAAGAGCAGCUUAACCGCAUCAACCCAUCGAUCAUUGCAGAGUUUUAUGCGCGAAAGGCGAGCAAGAAGACUGGUGAGGAGGAGAAGCUGCUUAUUGACGCUUGA